AUUGCUCGCUUCGUAUCUCACUCCCCCCACAGCCGCACUUCUGAGAGACCUCAAUCACCCAAUCUCUCACUCUGAGUCUCCCUUCCCUCCUUGCAGCUGCCCAACCUCACGGCCUCACCUCUGCUUCUCUUCACCCUGAUCUGCGUAUUUUGGUCAAUCUGGUGGCGUGGAAUUGUUGCAAUCUCUGAUAGUUGUCCUCGUCAAUGCCUGAAAUGCAGAUGGAUGGACCCAUGGAAAGUGGUGAGAGGCCAGUCUUCAAAGAUAUUAGACGCUACUUCUGUGAAUACUGUGGCAUUUGCAGGUCUAAAAAGAUCUUAAUUACCUCCCACAUCAAUUCACAACACAAGGACGAGUUGGAAAAAGCUAGAGCUGAAGGAAAUAAUGAAGCACAUUGCGAAAAGCCCAACAACACUUGCCAACAAUGUGGUGCUAGCUUCAAAAAACCUGCCUACUUGUUGCAGCACAUGCAAAGCCAUUCACUUGAGAGGCCGUAUGUGUGUACGGUUGAUGAUUGUCAGGCAAGUUACAGAAGAAAGGAUCAUUUGAAUCGUCACCUUCUACAGCAUGAAGGGAAAACUUUUAAAUGUCCAAUGGAGAAUUGCAACCUAAUCUUCUCAAUAAAAGGUAAUAUGGCAAGACAUGUUAAAGAGAUUCAUGAUGAAGGAUCUACAUCCACAAAUGUAGAAAGUAAGCAGUUUGUGUGCCCAGAAACUGGCUGUGAAAAGGUUUUCAAGUUUGCAUCAAAGCUUCGUAAACAUGAAGAUUCUCAUGUUAAGCUGCAGUCGGUAGAUGUAGUGUGCUUGGAGCCUGGUUGCAUGAAACAUUUCACUAAUAACCAGUGCCUUAAAGAACAUAUUGAAUCCUGUCAUCAAUAUGUGACCUGCGACACUUGUGGAAGUAGACAACUGAAAAAGAAUAUUAAAAGGCACCUUCGCACACAUGAAGCUGACAAAUCAUUGGCAGAGUUUAAAUGUGAAUUUAAGGGCUGUAGCUGCAAAUUCUCAAGUAAAUCUAAUCUCGUUACACAUAAGAAGGCCGUGCACUUUAAAGAAAAGCCCUUUGUGUGUGGUUUUCCUGAUUGUGGCCUGAGAUUUGCUUACAAACAUGUCAGAGAUAAACACGAAAAAACUGGGAAACAUGUUUUUACCCAUGGGGAUUUUGAAGAAGCUGAUGAACAAUUCAGGUCAAGGCCAAGGGGUGGGAGGAAGAGAGUGUGUCCUACAGUAGAAAUGUUGGUCAGGAAAAGGGUUACACCACCUAGUCAAUUGGAGAAUUUGUUAUUUAUGCAGGAGUGACCAGAUGAAUUGACCUUUCUGUCCCUGACAUUAAGUAUAUAUGUAAGGUAGAUAAGGUAGAUUUAAGCAUCUUGCCAUGAGUGUGGUACAUGGACUAAAUCCCCAUUUUGGUUCCUGAGAUUCACGCGAUUACUCAUUUUGGUCCCCGAAAUUCGAAAUUACUUAUACUGGUCCUCCAGAUUCAAGUUUUGGCACCAAUAUGGUCCCUCGACCCUUUCCGGUGAUGAUUAGGCAAAUGGAGUGCUGAGAUGACACCCUUCCUGUCACGUUGGACGCUGUAACGGUUAGUUGAUGUGUCAUCUUAGCACUUCGUUUGCCUUGUCAUCGCCGAAAAUAGUCGAGGGACCACAUUGGUGCCCAAACUUGAAUCUGGAGGACCAAUAUAGGUAAUUUUGAAUUUUGGGGACCAAAAUGAGUAAUCGCGUAAAUCUCAGGGACCAAAAUGGGGAUUUAGUCGUUGUACAUGAAGAAUUAGUUUUAGCAUAAUGAUUAGUGUUCACUACAUCUUACAUAUGUUGUGUAAAAGUAUGAAGAGUGGCAUGUGCAUUAUAGUGUAAUCAAUGACAAUAUUGUGAAUAGUAUAUCUUCAUUAUCCUAACAAUCAUGUUUGUAA